GUUCAAUUUGCAAAUUAGCCACGUUAACAACAAACAUGCAACGUUUCGUAUACUCUGUGGCACUGGUCGUCCUGCUGGGCGCUGCUUUGACCAAAGCCUUUGACGAGAAGGCCGCCAUGGCCAAGUUCCUGGAGACGGCCGAGCUGUGCAAGGGCGAGGUCGGAGCCUCCGAUGCGGAUGUGCAAAGCGCCAUGAAACAUGAACCGGCCGCCACCUACGAGUCGAAAUGCCUGCGCGCCUGUGUUAUGAAAAAGUUCAAUGUGCUGGGCGAGAAUGGCAAACUGGACACGGAAGCCGGCCGCGAAAAGGCCAAGCAAUAUACGGGCAAUGAUCCUGCCAAGCUAAAGCUGGCCCUGGAAAUCGGCGACGCCUGUGCGGCCAUCAGCGUGCCGGAGGAUCAUUGCGAGGCAGCCGAGGCCUACAGCAUGUGCUUCAAGACGGAGGCCUCGAAGCGUGGUCUGAUGUAAUUAGCCAAAGGCAGGUGAACUAUGAAAAACCGAGCAGGACCCCAAGCCACUAGAAUUUAGUUUUAUAUGCGUACGCCCUUUAGGCUAUUCAAUUUGGAUGAAAAGGUUAUAAUAAAGCAAUUUCGACAGCAA